AUGACGAGGUUUCAUGAAGAAGCAAGAAAAAGGAAAUUUGCCACAUACCGAACUCACAUUCUGGAUACUGACCGCAAUGCACAGGCUUUCGACUUCAACAACUAUGUGUACCUAUACAUUGUGUAUAUUCUGACACCAAUAUUAUUGGAUACUUUGGAUCCAGAGGGUAUUUUGUCCCCCGGCAAACAAGGUACCUGGCUACGAAAAUACCGCGAUGGAAAGGUUGAUAGACAGUAA